AUGCCUGUCAAGGCCAUACCCAAAGUUUCCAUACCCAGAAACGGUGUCUCUUCGUUUGUAAGACCAUGCUAUAAAGUGUCUCUCCAAUACUGUAACUGGGGUGGCUCCUCUCAGGGAGUCCGUGACUUCUUAACUCAUCCCAAUAAGCUUGUCGAUAGAUUCGCCCAAAACAACAAAGACGUUAUGUUUGAGAUUUUGUCCAAGGGCGGACACCCAACUUUCACAUUUCACUAUGCCAACGGCCAGAAACAAGCCGUUGACGUCAGAAACUUAAAGGUUGGAGAUGUAGCUAGAAAGCUUCAAGAGUACAUGCACAGAAGCGGCAACGAGCCAUUCAAAUUCAACCACAAGGUGCUUUCAAACAACGAGUCGGUCAGAGGUAUCUGGUCUCCUUUCCAUGUUGCUAAGAACGACAGACAUAGGAUCUAG